AUGUUCAGUUGGAAGUCGUGUAAUCCAAUCAUCUUCAGCCCUUUCGAGACCUGGGACCUGCUAAGCAUAGGAACUGUGGAGCUGCAAGCAUGUGGCAGGAUGUUAUUUGACAUCACAGUCAUGUGCAAGGAAGAACGAGAACAGGUAGCUGCCGUGGUCGGAGGCGUGGUCGGUGGAAUUCUCUUAUUGGUCCUUAUUGGGAUUGCAGCCUACCUCUUGUGGAAGAAGGUGUACCUGCGGGCUUCUUACGAAGAACUCAUCAGCCCUUCCUCCCCUGUUGAGAAAUCACCUGGUCUGCCGGAACCAGCUGUGGCCCUAUCAUCAUCUUCAGUUCAGCCUCAAAAUUUAAGAACAGGAAGCGUCCCUUUCAUUGUUCCACCAAAAUUUCAUAAGCAAGCUUGGAUUGAUAUGACAAACGGAGAACAAAUUCAAGAUGACAGUGAUCCUUAUGUUACCCCUGACUCUGGGCCUCGGUCUUCUUUCCAUUCCUUAGCUGGAGCAUACCAGGUAGGAACCAUCAACCCAGAGCUGUAUAAGUUCCCCGAGGACAAAAGCGAGACAGACUUCCCCGAGGGCUGCAUUGGCCGGCUGUGGUUCUCCGUGGAAUACGAGCAGGAGUCGGAAAAGCUCCUUGUCUCCUUGACCAAAGCCCGGAAGUUGCAGCCUCCUUCUAACUCCUGUAGCCCCUUUGUGAAAAUCUACCUGCUGCCGGACGAGAGACGCUAUUUGCAGUCUAAGAUCAAGCGCAAAACUCUCAAUCCUCAGUUCGAUGAGGAUUUUAUUUUCCAGGUUUCCAGUAACACCUUAUACCAGAGGACACUGAAGUUUUGUGUCUACCAUGUGGACAAACAAAAGAAGCACAUUCUCUUAGGCCAAGUAAUGGUCCCUCUAAAAAAUGAAACCUUAAGCGGUGACAACAAAGUUGUCAUCUGGAGAGACUUGGAAGCAGAAACCCUGGAGCCUCCUUCCGAACAUGGUGACAUACAAUUUUCCCUCAGCUAUAAUGACUACCUGGGCCGCCUCACGGUGGUGGUGCUGAGAGCCAGAGGCCUGAGAUUCCAGAACGACAGACAGGCUGCCGGCGUGUUUGUCAAAGUGUCACUCAUGAACCAUAAUCAGUUCAUCAAAAGCAAGAGGACCUUGACUGUCCUGGGAUCCCCCGAUCCUUUGUUCAAUGAGACGUUCAGCUUCAAGAUUGACCAGAUGGAGCUGGACACAGCAAGCCUGAGUUUGUUUGCAAUCCAGAAUGGCGAGGGAAAUGAAACCUACACACUGGGCCGCGUGGUGGUCGGGCCCUUCAUGUACACCCGGGGCAAGGAGCUGGAACACUGGAACGAGAUGGUCAGCAAGCCGAAGGAGCUGGUGAAGAGGUGGCACGCGCUUGCUGUGAGCACCUGA